AUGCCGAACUGUCCGGUCCACGGUCCACAAUUUAUCCCUCCUACAUUGGCUCAUCACCAGCUGCGGAUGCAAGGUAGGCGUCGGUUUCUGUUCCCACACACCACACUCAUCAAACGUCGUAUUUGUAGAUGUGAUCUUGAUGCUAUUCGAAAAAUGUUCGAGGACAGUAACGGCUUGUUACGUUUCGGUCACGAGCGAAUCAAAGCGGGAAAAGAGGAUUUCGAUUGCGAGAAAGUGUUGGCUUACGGGAAUUGCAGUGAAGUGAGAAAAAUGCGCCAUCGAAAGCGACGGGAACUGGUCAUGGCAGUGAAAGUAAUGUAUCUGUCCUCCAAUAGCGAAGAGGAGAAUAAGCUGAUUUUUUCCGAUCUGAAUGUCGUCACACAAAUUAAUCAGUAUCCAUUCAUUGUGAACUGUUACGGGAUCCUAUUCACCGGGGUAGAGUUUUGGAUAUGCAUGGAACUAAUGCCCACUUGUCUGGGUCAGUUGUUACGCGAUUUGUCGGAACCGUUUCCGGAACAUGUGAUUGGCAAAGUCGUGGUCUCCAUUGUUUUGGCCUUAGAUUAUCUGAAACAGAAGUACAAUGUGAUACACCGAGACGUGAAGCCAACGAACAUGUUGCUGGGUUAUCAGGGUGAAGUGAAAUUGUGCGAUUUCGGAAUCAGUGGUAAAUUGCAAGAUUCCAUCACUCGGUCCGCCUCGCUCGGCUGUAUUCGGUACAUGUCACCGGAGCGGUUAAAAAAACAGGACUACGAUGUGCGUUCCGAUGUUUGGUCUUUGGGUGUCUCAAUUUUGGAAUUGGCCACCGGAUCGUUUCCCUAUGAGGACGCCAAAACCGAGUUCGCAUUGAUGACGAAGAUCAUGGAAGAGGAGGCACCCACACUACCCGCAGAGUGCUCGGCUUCACCGGAAUUUCGCCUGUUUGUGGGGAAAUGGUGGGUUUUUCUGUUUGUAGUAUGUGUUUGA